AUUCUUGAUUCUUGAUGAUUUAUUAUACCCCUUAAAGUUUUGAUCUUUUUGUUCAAAGAGUUGGAGAUGCUGUAGUGGCUCUGAUUGAUCUAAACAAAAAUCGCAGCUUAAAAAUGGAUUCAAAACCUAUUAACAAAAAAGUCGAGAUUCAAUCCAUGGGAGAAAGUACUAGUACUAUAGAGCCUGCGACUCCCACAAAAUCAACUGAAAAAGUCGAGAUAGAGUCUAAGAGGAAUCAACAGAAAAAAGAUCCAAAAUCUUCAGCUGAUAAAACAGACUCUGAAGCCACAUUUGAUCAAGAAAAAAGUUUAUCAAGUCCCAAAGAAGCAAUUAAAGAUAGCUCUGCAUCUGCUAAAGUUAGCGAUGGGGUUAGCAGUGUUGCAAAAAUGAGUGGGAGCGGAAAACUUAGUGAAAAAACUGAUCUUGUUGAGAGCGGGAAGAGUAGUAUAUGUAGGGGAAGCACGAGCACAGAUGUAAGUGAUGAAAGUAGUUGUAGCAGUUUAAGUAGCAGUGUCAGUAAACCCCAUAAAUCAAAUGAUUCAAGAUGGGAAGCUAUUCAAGCUGUUAGAUCGAAAGACGGGGUUUUGGGUUUGAGCCAUUUUCGGUUAUUGAAGAGGUUGGGUUGUGGUGAUAUCGGGAGUGUGUAUCUUUCUGAGCUUAGUGGCACUAAAUCUUACUUUGCCAUGAAAGUCAUGGAUAAAGUAUCACUCGAGAGUCGCAAAAAGUUGCUAAGAGCUCAGACAGAAAGGGAGAUAUUACAAUCUUUGGAUCAUCCGUUCCUUCCAACUUUGUAUACUCAUUUUGAAACGGAUAAGUUCUCAUGUUUGGUGAUGGAGUUCUGCCCUGGGGGUGAUUUGCAUACUCUACGACAGAGGCAACCAGGGAAGCGUUUUUGUGAACAAGCUGUAAAGUUUUAUGUCGCAGAGAUACUCCUUGCUAUGGAAUACCUCCACAUGCUCGGAAUUAUUUAUCGUGACCUAAAGCCAGAAAAUGUCCUAGUGAGGGAAGAUGGUCACAUUAUGCUCUCUGACUUCGAUCUUUCCCUUCGUUGUUCGGUAAGCCCUACACUUGUAAAGUCAGCAUCUCUAGAUAACGAACCUCUUCGAAGGAACUCUGCCUAUUGUGUUCAGCCUGCAUGCAUGGAACCAACUUCUUGUAUCCAACCGUCAUGUGUGGUCCCCACAUCGUGUUUCUCACCCCGACUCUUUAUGAGUAAAUCGAAAAGAGAAAAAUCAAAAUCAAAGGCAAAACCAGAGAUCAGACACCAAGUUACCCCAUUACCCGAGCUCAUGGCUGAGCCAACUGGGGCACGUUCAAUGUCAUUUGUUGGCACCCACGAGUAUUUAGCCCCUGAAAUAAUUAAAAACGAAGGCCAUGGUAGUGCCGUAGAUUGGUGGACUCUCGGGAUCUUUUUGUAUGAGUUGCUGUUUGGGAAGACACCUUUUAAAGGGUCGGGUAACCGAGCCACUUUAAUGAAUGUGGUAGGUCAGCCGCUGAGGUUUCCCGAGUCACCGGUGGUUAGUUUUUCAGCCAGGGAUUUGAUCAGAGGCUUGCUUGUGAAAGAACCACAAAACAGAUUGGCAUAUAAGAGGGGAGCUACUGAGAUCAAACAACACCCAUUCUUUGAAGGUGUCAAUUGGGCAUUAAUUCGGUGUGCCAGCCCACCAGAGGUCCCUAGACCAGUUGAAAUUGAGAGGAUUCCAUCACCGGCAGCAAAUCUUGGUGAGAAAAAAGCUGCUGCUAUUGCGGUCGCACCAGAGAAGAAGGGGUCUGAUAAUUAUCUUGAAUUUGAUUUCUUUUAAUGCACCUUUUCAUUUUCAUUCUUGACAUUUUUCUUUUCUUUUCUUUUCGUUUUACUGUUGUUGGGAAGAAAAGAGUUCCCGGAGCUCUGAAGUCCAGCCGGGUAGGCCGGGUAUUGUUGUCGUAUAGUAUUGUUUGUUGUUUAUUGGCCCUAUGUGAAGAACAGUUGCAAUGUCUGUUGUAUUGAAAAAGAAGAUAUUCUUGUGCUUA